CCUAGGCUAAAAGCGGGGGAAAUGAUUUGGCGCUGUGUUAUUUGCUUUGUGUUCGUGGCUCUCAAUCUCAAAUCUUUAUUGAGUCAUAUUAAUAUUUCUCAUAGUCGCGGUCCGGAUUUUCGCGUUAUUUGUGGAAUUGAUGGAUGCACCAAAGAGUAUCGAGUCUACAACUCUCUAUGGUAUCACAUUACAAGAAACCACUACGAACACCUUGAAAGUGGCAGCAGCAACUCACGGAGAGAGAGGUCAACAGCAAGCCCGGAAGCCUCUUCAGCGGUGAAUGCGUGGACAUACAGGCCAACUGAUGCGACGGUGCAAAUCAGAGAGCAUCAAACGGAUGAAGCAGUGGUGGAAAACAGGGUGCAAGAUGUAAUGACUGUUGGAUCAUGUCCUGCUGUAGACUCUUCUGCAUCAUGUCAGUCAGAGGAUGACAUCAGGCAUAACACUCUCACCAGACAAGCUACUGCUAUUAUGUUAACUGCAAGAGAAAAACACCACCUUUCACAGAGAGGUGUGAAUGAUGUCUUGGCAGCAAUGCAGCAAUAUCAAGCCCUGUUGGUGACUAAUCUGAGGAGUCAGCUACAAACUGUAUUCCAGCAACAUCAAGGAAGUGAACUUGAAAAGGAAGCGAUGGCAUUAUUCGACCGGAUUGAGGAUCCAUUUUCCUCUGUUGCAACAACAUACAGGCAGGACAACGUGAUUAAGGAAAAUUUCAAUUUUGUGGAGUCAGAGGAGGUUUCUGUUGGGUAUACUGCAUGCUUGAAGAAAAAAGGGACAAAAAGGGUCCUCUCCACAAGAACCAAAUGUUUUCAUUACGUACCUCUGAUUAAAAGUAUAGAACAGUUAUUGUCCCAUCCAAAAGUUUUAGAAAUGAUAGAUCAGCCGCAAAAAUACAGAAGUGGUGGUUAUCUGUAUGACAUCAUAGAUGGAGAGCUCAUGAAAUCACAUCCUUUAUUUUCAGCCCGGCCCUCUGCUUUACAGAUAAUUAUUUACUCAGACGAAAUUGAAAUCUGCAAUCCACUUGGAUCUCAUGCCUCCAAGAAUAAGUUACUAAUGUUUUAUUAUACAUUAGGAAACAUUGAUCCAAAAUAUAGAUCAAAACUUGCAGCAAUUCGUCUACUUGCUAUUGCAAAGAAGAGAGAGUUGUCUGAUUGUGGAGUGGAUGGAAUUUUGGGCAGGUUGUAUGAGGACUUGGAAAUGCUAUAUGAUGGUGUUAAUAUUCAAACUGCGAAUGGGGAACGUGAAAUAUUUGGAGCAUUAGUUUCGAUAUGUGGAGACACCUUAGCACAACAUGAGCUUUGUGGAUUUAAAGAGGGUGUUGGUUUUGCCUAUAGUAAGUGUCGGCAGUGUGAAUGUUCGUUUGAGGACAUGCAAAUGUAUUUUGACGAAAACAAUUUUGAGCUAAGUACACUAGAAAAACAUGUUCGACAGUGUAGUGACAUUGAGAAGGCAAAUACUGAGUAUCUUAGAAACAGUUUAAAGACUACAUUUGGCAUUAACAGAAGAAGCAAGCUGAUAGAAUUUCCGGGCUUUAACUUGAUUGAACAAACACCUCAGGAUCUGAUGCAUAUAAUUCUUGAAGGCAUUGCUCCAUUAGAAAUAAAGUGUGUGUUAAAACAGUUAGUUCUUUUAGGUCAACUAGACUUGGAUGUUCUCAAUACUGCAUUAACUGGAUUUCCCUACUCUCCACUUGAUGUCAGAGACAAACCAAGCCCUAUAGCUUACAGCACAUUAGCUUCAACUGAUAAUAAAUUGAAGCAAUCCUCAGGCCAAAUGAUAGUUCUACUGAAGAUUUUGCCAUUUCUUAUUGAUACAGCUAAAGAUACUGAGUACUACAAAAUAAUUCUUGAACUCAUAGAAAUUGUUAAAAUUUUGUUUGCUCCGGUCAUUGGUCUACAGACAAUUAGCAAGUUGAAAAGACUAAUUGAACAGCAUUUAAAACAUAUGAAAAGUCUUUUCCCUGAUAACAACAUUAUCCCAAAAAUGCAUUAUUUGAUUCAUGCUCCAUCGCAGAUAAAACUCCUGGGACCAAUGGUCCGUCACAUGUGCAUGAGAUUUGAAUCAAAACAUUGUUUUUUCAAACAGUGGGCCUCAAAACUAAAUUUUCGAAACGUUUGCAAGUCCUUAAUAAGGCAUAAUCAAAUGUAUGAAUGUUGUCAAAAUGUAAGUCAUUCUGAACAACCAAUUUUUGUAAACGAGUGUGGGUUUGGACCAACUUCAGAAAUACGCAACAUGUCGUAUUUGAAAGAAAAGACAAGGGCUUUCCUUGGAACUGAUGACAUUGACAAUGCAGUGUCUGUUAAAUGGAUUAAUCUAAAUGGUAAUAAAUAUAUACGGGAGAAGACAUUACUUGUAACUGCUGUUAAUUCCAAUGAUUUACCUGAGUUUGGACUUGUGAGUAAUAUCUAUGUAAUUAACGCAUCAUUAUAUUGUUUUGAGUUGCAACAGCAUACUACUGUUCGCUAUGAUGGAAAUUACAUGGCAUAUACAAUAGAGAUUCCAAACAUGGCACAAGCAACUGAACUCAUAGCAUCUGAUAAUCUGGUAGAUUUCACUCCAUAUUAUAGUUAUUCUCACAAGGAUGUGACAUAUGUCCCUACAAAAUAUUAUCUUGGAGAUGUGCUUGGGCUACACAGAGCCUCAUCUGAUGGACUGUAAAAGGCUUACUGUUUAAUGUGUUUGCCACAAAUUGUGCUUCUUGACCGUCAAUUUUGUUGUUUCAUGAUUCUUUCUUCUUGAGAUGAACAAUCAAUUAGCAGUCAGAUGCUGAUGCUGCAGAAUACUGCAUGUUCUUUUGUGAUUCAGGAUGCAAUUGAGUCAAGGGUCAUAUCAUUUUGGCCGUUUUUUCAUUUUGUUUUGUUUAUCGGCCAUGCAAUUUUUAUUCAGCAUGGUUAUUUGUAUUAUGUUGUGUGUUUUAUAGACCAGUCUGCUGUCAUCAUAAUAUGUUAGAUAUGAAGCAGCAGGUUCUGCCCAGCAAUGAAAAUAAUAAUCAUUAAAAAAAAAAACUGUC